UAUCUCUACUCUCUGAUUAAAUGUGGUUGUGAACGAAGGAGGGACGAGAUUCUCAAAAUUAAGGUUGAGAUUUGGGUGUCGUUGUGUGAGUUGGGAGGGUGAUCGAAUGGGCUAUUAACACGUAUUGACAAGUCGGUUGGGUCCACGGUUUGGUCCGGUAAACCGCGGUCUAGACCAGACCAGACCAAGAGAUCAAAACAUAAAAUAAACCAUACCAUGGACCAGACCAGACCAUACUUAACGGUCUACGAUCCAGACCAAACUGUGCCGUACGGUUUGAACCACGGUUUUUCUAACGGUCUGGUCUAUUUUCCCAGCCCUACCGUAUCCGACCCAUUGCCAUCUCUAGAAGAAAAAAUCUGAUUUUUCAUUUACGUGAAUAGCUUACACUUUUAUGUGAAUAAAUAAAGAUUAAAUGGGUAAAUGAAUACUUAAAAAUAUGUUUUUUUUGUUGUUGUUGUGAGAAUACUUAAAAAUAUGUUAAAUAAAUUGGUUUUAGAUAUUUUGUUUGUAGAGACAAAGAGAACUUUUCCUUCCUUAAAUGUAAAACAAAAAACUACAUCAGGAUUUAGGGGCGUUGCUGCUUCUCUCUCUCUCUCACUCACUCAUUCUUCUCAUCCGCUGUUCCUCCAUGUUAUGUCUAUAAAUAUAUGACCUCCUUCACCAGCGGAGUGUCUUGCUUCAAUCCGGCUGUUGGUCGAUUCGAUCUAGUGCCAUGACCAAGACCGAGAAUUUCAGUUGGGGUUCGGAUCUACCGCCAAGCUCACUCUACGUCCCUUCCGAGCCGCGCCCGAUCUGCCCACAGGGAAACCCUCCUCCUCCCCUGAAUCCAUUCACCAAACUGGUAGACGAUCUCCUCAUAGAGAUUCUGAUUCGCCUCCCCAACCCUCUAUCCACCUGUCAAUGCAAAGCGGUCUGCAAGAGGUGGAGAUCCCUCAUCUCGGAUACCACCUUCAAUCUCCGUUUUAUAUCUCAUCACCAGAGAAGGUACCAACCAGCAGCUCUGUUUCUUCCCUCACACGACCCCAGGUCGAUACUCAGCUUUCUCCCCCUGCCUGAUGAAGCUCUACCGGCUUUGAGAGCCUUUGAUUGCUUCAAGGACUUGCUUUUAUGCGGGUUUGCUGACUUAUUUGGCGAAUUGGGCAGAUCCUACUUGAUUUGCAAUCCGUUUACCAAUCAGUGGAUUGCCCUUCCUUUGGCGCCUAAACAGCCAGGGUACAAUGGAUCUGCGGUAGUGUUAGUUUGUCAACCCCGAACUAGUAGUAGUAGUAAGUAUAAUUUUGUGCAGCAGCUAAGGGACGAACCAGAACCAGAACCCGAACCCGCCUUUGUUUAUUCUGAGUAUCGUUUCCGCGUGGUGUGUCAUUUUCAGUGUUGCGAUGAUAUGGUGCUGCAUGUUUUUUGUUCCGAGUCUAGGAAAUGGACCAAGGUUGUUUUCAAGCAAGCCGUGAAAAGGGCGUGGACCAAUGAAACCUGGUGGAACGGGAGGAUGUUUUGGAUGCAUCUUCAAUUCACCUCCUUGUGCCCAAAGCUUGCUGCAUAUGAUCCUUUCCGCCUUGAUAUCGCCCCCGAGUUUAUGCAUGUGCCUUCUAUAUUGUGGAGCGCAUUGUGCAAGGGAUGUGGGAAUUUUUCAGUAUCACAAGGUGCUUUUCACAUAGUGGUACUAGAAGUUGAAAGCGUUGGUGAUUUUUUAAGGGAUGCAUUGACUGUUUGGAGACUGGAAGACGGUACUGGGAAUUGGAACCUACAAUAUGAACUGGUGUUGAAGACGACGACAUCAUCAUCAUCAUCAUCAUCAUCAUUAUGGGGCGACUAUGAACUGAACAAGUGUUCUGUGCUUGAUUUGCAUCCGGAGAAGCCGGAAGUUGUCUUCUUUAAAUACUUGAAUGACUGUGUCUUCUCCUGCAAUUUGAGGACUGGCACAGGAGAGCCAGAGUUCUUCUCUGCAGUGAACCUAAAAUGCUAUGAACCUGGUUGGAGGGCAUUGCACCCCAGAGUCUCUUGCUGGCCCACUCCAAUUCCAAGCUACGAGGACUUGCGAGGUAUGUAUGAUGGAAACUACGAUUGCUGGGUUCAGAGCAGCAGUACAACAACACUUGCGAGCAAAAGAGUGCAGCCCUUGGUCCAACAGGUUGGUCGUAAGAGGAAGGACAACAGAUCAGCUGCAGCAGCAUCAAACUCCAAGUGUUCCGUUCAAAGGAAGCAGAAGGCGGCAAAAGGCAGCAGCAUGUGCCCUUAGAGCGGUAAAAUAAAACUAUCUCCAAUGGUUGCUCUGUAUGCAUAGGCUAUAUAAGGAAACUCGGUCGAGAGGACUUCUUUGUGUAUUAUCUAUUUAAGAUUGCAGCCAUCAGUUUUAGUUUAGGGGCGGGUCGUGCUGGAUAUCAUGGUUAUGAAAUGUCAAUCGAAUUCAAUUCUAUGAUGAAAAUUCAUUAUUUGUAUAUCAAGUGAGGUGAAAAUGUUUCAUCUUUUUAACUAUACGGUGAUUGAUUUACCGGUAGUUCCAAUUCAUCUGAAAGAGAAUAUUUGCAGACUUGACACCCCUAUGAAUCGUUGGCGUUGGAGCUUCAUUGUGAACUAGUUCAAUGCUUAUGCAACUUUCACAGCUAUAUGAAACCUCAGAGUGUUUGUUUUUUAGUUUUUAUCAUGGAGGUUCUCUUCAAAGCCGCCUCACCUCUGACCGAAAUGGGUCACUGCAGCUGAUGAUUCAUCAUCAUCAACCGGCUUCCCAUCGAGUUCUCCAUUUUCUCUUCUCUUCCUCUUUUGUGUCCUCCGACUGCCUGAAGUGGUUGGCAGGUCUCUUGAUUGCAAAAUCUCUACUAAAAUCUCAAUCCUCACAGGGUUUGCUGUUAAUGGCCGGGAAAAAGUAAUGGGAGCUUUAGCGAUGUAUUCAUAGGCUUCCUGCUCCCAGCCUCCCUCCACCUCCGCCGCUGGCAGUGUUUUGCCAAUGCUGGUGUGCCAGUCUUUAUUGGCUGGAGCUCUCGCUGCUGGAACCAGCAUUGGGCUGAUCGAUCUACUGCAAAAAUACUAUAAGGGCGCCGGCUCUCUGCUUCACAGGCAAAAGGGGAGGAAUUUCCUUUCCAUUAUAUUUCUGUUUCAAUUUUGUAAUCUAUGUUAAGCAUACCAUGCAUAUUCCACUCUGACCACUGUCCGACGGCUUUAUGCUUUCUUUGUGAUGGUGACAAGGCGGGGUCCAAAGCCGGAGAUCGCGAGGUUAUCCAAAACUCUCUCAUCUCGGCGGCAGUGAUUUCUUCUGCUGCGGUGGAAGUUUGAAUCCAAAAGAAUCCAGCGAUGACAGUCCUGACAAUCACGGCGGCUGGUGCACUCUCUGUCUCCGAUGAGCGAUUUGAAAAGCAAAAACCACGCUUUUCCCUCUGUUCGACUCUCUGUUUUCAAAUUGGCAGAUUGGGAGAGGGAUUCGCCUGGGACUUCCUCAGUAAGACAACUAUGCCCGAGGAAAACCCAUGAAGAAGUGAUAGGUAUCUUACUCUCCUCCUUCCCUUCUAAAACCAUAUCUAUAUCAUGCCUUCUGAAUUUCAAUGUUCUGCUCCUCAACAACAGCAAUGAUGUUGAAUAUUACUCUAGAAUGUUGCUGCUGCCUGUAAAGUGCAAACCUUUUCCUUGAUCAGUGUUUAUCUGGUGGUGGUGUAGGUUGUGGAUUCACAUAUGCAUUGUGGUUUGUGGACCUGACUAUCCCUGCCAGCUAAUGGGGGAAACAGGAUUUCAUGUAUAGUUUUUUUUUUAUAUAUAUAUAUAUAUCUAGACUGGUUACUAAUAAUUUUGGUCAGCUCCAUUCCAGAAAUUAUAGAGUUUGAUUGUCUCCCAAUAGCGUAAUAGAGUGCUUCUACCUCU